CAGCGCCGCGCGUCCUUAUCCAUGGGCUGGGCGGCUUAGCGCGCCGCCACCUCUUCCGAGGAGGAGCAGUCCUGGGGCUCACCGCGGGUCGGGUGACCCACCCAUGGCUCCUCCGGACGCGGCGACCGGCCGGGGCGCGGGACCCCGCGGAGGGCGCUGAGCUCCAAGGCCGCGGGGUGCGCACAGGUGGGCGGCCGUCGAGGCGCCCCUCGGGGAGCGCGCCGGGCACCAUGCGUCCCCGCUUGCUGCUGUGGCCGCCGCCACCGCUGCUGCUACUGCUGGCCUGCGCUGCGCACACGGUGGGUGCCCUCCCUGGAUUGUGUGAUGUGAUGCGGGUGCUGCAAGAGGAACAGGACCAGUGCCUACAGGAACUCUCUGAAGAGAAUCCAGGAGACCUGGGCACAGAGCAGCCAGGCCCAGGUUGUAAGGGGCUGUGGGACAACAUGAGCUGCUGGCCAUCCUCUGCAGUGGGACAGAUCGUGGAAGUGGGAUGCCCCCAGUUCCUCCGGAUGUUCACCGGCAGAAAUGGUUCCAUGUUUCGAAAUUGCACACAGGACGGCUGGUCGGAAAUCUUCCCCAGGCCUGACCUGGCCUGUGGGGUUAAUGUGAACGACUCCUCCAACGAGAAGCGGCACCAGUAUCUAAUGAAGUUGAAGGUCAUGUACACCGUGGGCUACAGCUCCUCCCUGGUGAUGCUCCUCGUCGCCCUCAGCAUCCUCUGUGCUUUCCGGAGGCUCCACUGCACCCGCAACUACAUCCACAUGCACCUUUUUGUGUCCUUCAUCCUGCGUGCCCUGUCCAACUUCAUCAAGGACGCGGUGCUCUUCUCCUCGGAAGAUGUCGCUCAGUGUGAUGCCCAUAGGGUGGGCUGCAAGCUGGUCAUGGCUUUCUUCCAGUACUGCAUCAUGGCCAACUACGCCUGGCUGCUGGUGGAAGGCCUCUACCUUCACACGCUCCUCGUCAUCUCCUUCUUCUCGGAAAGGAAGUGCCUCCAGGGAUUUGUUGCCCUCGGAUGGGGUUCCCCGGCCAUUUUUGUUGUUUCGUGGGCUAUCAGCAGACACUUUCUGGAAGAUGUCGGGUGCUGGGACAUCAACGCCAAUGUGUCCAUCUGGUGGGUCAUUCGGGGGCCUGUGAUCCUCUCCAUCCUGAUUAACUUCAUCCUUUUUAUAAACAUUCUAAGAAUCCUGAUGAGAAAACUUAGAACCCAAGAAACCAGAGGAAAUGAAGUGAACCAUUAUAAGCGCCUGGCCAAGUCCACCCUCCUGCUGAUCCCCCUCUUCGGAGUCCACUACAUCGUCUUUGCCUUCUCCCCGGAGGAUGCCAUCGAGGUCCAGUGGUUCUUUGAAUUGGCCCUUGGCUCGUUCCAGGGCCUGGUGGUGGCGGUCCUCUACUGUUUCCUCAACGGGGAGGUGCAGCUGGAGGUUCAGAAAAAGUGGCGCCAGUGGCACCUUCGUGAGUCCCUACUGCGCCCCAUGGCCCUCAGCAACUCCUUCAGCAACGGCUCCAGCGGCCUUGCCCAGAGCACCAAGGCCAGCACCUCAGAGCAGAGCCGGGCCACCUGCAGGAACAGUGUCAUCUGAGAGUCUGGAGCAGGGCCAUCCAUGGGACAGACGCCAAGGCAGGUCAAGAGGAGGCCAGACACUGCUGCGGGACAGUCCCGGACCCAUCUUCUCAGCAGACAUCACCUGCUUUCUCCUGUGACCAACCAUCUGCCUCCCCUGAGCCUUGGGAUGGGGAGGGGGCUCUGCUGAUAAGGUUCCUUAGAACUGAAAGGAAUGAGGACACAUGGGGCAGGAAGAGGGCCCGAGUCAGGGGCUCCAGAAGAAGACAGGGAGAUAAAUGGUAGCUGGGACAGG